UGUUGUGACCUAAUAUACCUAUAUAACCAACGACAGUGAUUUUCAACAAGCGUAAGGGAAAAAUGAAUUUAUAGUUAGUAUUUAUAGUAAGUGUAACUCAAUAAAUAAAUAAAUCAAUGAACUUACAUUACAGCUCAUAAGUCUUUCAAAUAGUUUUGUAAUUAUUUUGUAUAAAUUACAUUGUUUGUCCUUCUUUAUAAAAAUAACGAUAAUAGACCGAGCUGUAUGGACAUAACAUCAUUUGCCCGUUCCAAACAAGAGGGAAAAACAAAGAGUAAAAGAAUAUAUAGUAGACAAACUGAUAAAUGAACCAAAAAAAAUAACAACCAUAAAAAAGUACAUAAUGUUAAACAAAUCAAGAGAUCUUAUUAAAAUAUGAUGUGGCUGUAUGAAUGAAAGUCCUUUGCCUGUUCCGAAAGUGUAAACAACACGAAAAAAAGUAAUGUCAUUGUCAAACAAAUACCUGUAAUUCGUUUUCGGACUGUGUAUUUUGAGGUUAUGUUUCUGCAAAAAAAGCGGUAAAUUUUGGAAUAUUGAUGAUUUAUGUUGUAUUUACUGUUAAAUUAAUAUGGGAUUAUUACCAAGAACGUUAGCUUUUACGUUAACAUUAAUGUUUUGUGUACACACAUGUGAAUGUGCAAAAAUAAACACACCAAGAGUACUCUUACCGUGGUUCGAAAGCUUGACUGUUAAUUUCACCUUUGAAAUAAUUGAGGGAGGUUGUUAUACUUGGAGCUUGUCUCGCGAUGACAUCAUAGAUCUUGAGCCAUUGUACGAGGACAUCUGGGGCCAUUGUUCACAUGCUGCUCGUGCAUCAGUCUCAAAAUCAUGUGUGCCACCUGGUUCAGUCAUCAUCCUAGCUGAAGAAGUUAAUUCAGGCGAAGUAAAGUCAUAUUUGUCCAUUGUGGCGGGAAAAUCUAAUACUUGUUACAGUUAUGAAUUUUCAAUUUUUUUUUUCAAUAUUGAUAAAAUUAGGGUUGGAUAUUAUAUGUUGAAUGUUGUUGAAGCCUGACCAUAUAGAUAAAAAAAAAUUCCAUAUUGCAGUAAACCAAUGAAAAUACAUUAAACAUAGCAGAAAUAAGGUCCAGUCCAACAAUAAAUCACUUAUAAUAAUAGCCAAUUCACAUCAGCAUAACUGUAUCAUGUGUUAAUAAUUAUACUAUAACUAAAAAAGAGAAUGUGGUGCCUCCAGAGUGGGAUUUUUAUUUUUUUGAUCAGUUGAAGACUGAUCAAAUGUUUUUUGUUGAAUGCUUUUUUUCCAUGACAUAUCAUGUGAUCAGUCAAGAGACUGAACAGAUGUGUUGGUAGUAGUGUAUUUGACUGAGAGUAGUUUUCUCAUUAGAAAAGUGUCUCUUUAGAUACUAUCUAUGUCCAUCUAGUUCAAGAACCUGUCAUACUUUUUUGGUGUGCACAGACCAAAAAAGUAUGACAGGUUCUUGAACUAGAUGGACAUAGAUAGUAUCUAGCCAUGGGAGUCAAGCUUUAAAUAAUAAUGAUUUAUAUUAUUUAAGACAAGAACAUAAUUUUUUA